CCACAAAAAUUGUGUUAAAUCUGUGAAGAGAAAAAUGCCAGGCCUUACCAUUGGAGAUGACCUUCCUAAUCUGGAAGUAGAAACCACUCAUGGAAAGAUGAAACUCCAUGACUAUGUUGGUGAUAGCUAUACCAUUCUCUUUUCUCACCCAGGUGAUUUUACGCCAGUUUGUACGACGGAGCUUGGUAUGAUGGCUGCUUAUUCAAGCAAGUUUGCUGAACGAGGAGUGAAGCUUCUUGGAUUUUCUUGUGAUGAUGUUCAUUCUCACAAGGAGUGGAUCAAGGACAUCGAAUCUUACAACAAUGGACAUAAGGUGACAUACCCAAUAAUUGCUGAUCCGAAGAGAGAAUUGAUUAAGGAACUGAACAUGGUGGAUCCUGAUGAGACAGAUUCCUCUGGCCAAAAAGUCCCUUCUCGUGCUCUCCACAUUGUUGGCCCUGACAAGAAGAUAAGGCUAAGCUUUUUGUACCCAGCAAGCACAGGAAGAAACAUGGACGAAGUGUUGAGGGUUAUUGAUUCUCUACAGAAAGCUUCAAAGCAUAAAAUUGCAACCCCAGCAAACUGGAAACCGGGAGAACCGGUAGUGAUAUCACCCAGUGUCUCCAAUGAACAAGCCAAGGAAAUGUUUCCACAGGGAUAUGACACUGCCAAUCUUCCUUCUCGCAAAGAUUACCUGCGUUUCACUAAUGUUUGAGAACCAUAUAUAUAU